AUGCCCGCUUCUCAAAUCGCUGCGCAAGCUGCCAUGCACCACAUGCACAACCCGCCCACAGACCGCAAGCGUCCGAAUCCGCCCUUGCAGCCCAUCAACGUCGCUGCCACUCGUUACGAUCCUCGCAUAGCCUCUCCCACCGCUCUCAGCCCUCCUCCUUUGCAAUCCUCCAACAUCGACAGCAGGAUCACCGCUACCACUGCUGCCAACGUUGCCUUUCCUCGCAGUCCAGGCCCUAUGCCCUCACCUCACGCUCUGACUGCCGAUCAGCCCGUCUCUGCCCCUCACAUUCCCCUCCCUGCCGAACCAAAGCUCAAGGAGCGUUCCAAGAUGAAGCUCUUCCACAAGCCAAAGAGCAUCGGAAUCACAAAGGACAAAGACUUUGACAAGAAGGCUGCUCCAGCCCUGCCCUCUCCCAACCGUGGUCUGCUGCGUGCUGGUUUCGCGAGUGCUUCUAUGACUAGCCUGACUGACCCGAACUCGUCUGCUGCUGCUUCCGUCUACUCUUCUGCGAACACUUCAACUUCCACCCUAGUUCCCGUCACCACCACCGCCACCGCUGCAUUCGACAAGAAGGAGGACAAGGAGAAACCCAGGCAUCAUUUUUUGUCCAGGCAAAAGCAGAAGGACCGUGGUGCCCUACCUCUGUCCUCGGCCUCGUCCAAUUCCACUGCUGUGGAUCCUAAUGCUCCACAAUCUUUGUACUCGUUCACCCCUCAAUCUCCAGGCUUCUCAAAAUCUGUCAGUGGUCUGGAUUUGCGACAUGGCGGACGUGCUCUGCGAGAGAAGAAAAAGGAAGAAAAGGCCGCGGCCGCUGCAGCUACCAACCUGACACCCACCAUGUCCAACACUUCUGGCAAUCUGCUUCGAGACGACUCCAGAAGUGACUUUGGCGGUCCUAGCAGUCUGGACUCGGCUUCUAUACUUGGUCCUCCUAGCAGCAAUUCACUAUUUUCUCUACCUCUGUACGAGCCACAGCCUACAAUGUCUGCUGCUGCUUUCAAUAAUCUGGGCAAUAGCAUGGGUCUACACGGCAUCACAGCUGACGAUGCCUGGCCUUUGUUAAAAGCAAGACUUUUGAACAUCUUCUCUGGCGAAGACCUGCGCACACCAAUUGAAGACUUCAACUUGUUGGUCUCUGUUCACAUACGACGGUGCAUACAAAAGCGCGCUCCUGUGCUUCUAGUCGAGGACUUGAGGGAAUUGCUAACAACUGGUUUCUCCUCUCUCGCGCAAACCUUACAGAGAGUACCCGACGAAAGACUUGUCACGCGCCUGGUCGCCAUCUGGCAGACGACCUUCAGCUCAAUCCUUCCAUUCAUUCAAGCUGUCUUCUUGCCCCUGGAUCUCGAAUUCAGGGGUCACGGCAGUAUAAUGAGUGCAAGGGAGGCUCAAGAGUUCUGGGGCGCUUUUGUACCUGCUGAGAUGCCGCCACUACCGUUUACACGGAAGCAGUCAUCAUCAUUUGAUGAGAUGAGACCGAGUAGUUCUGGAGGCGCGACCAUAACGAGCAGUACAUCGAAUCGCAUGCCUGGACUCGGAGAAGAACUAGACGUGCGUCGUAUUGCCCUGAUCGUGUUCCGUGAUGUGGUGCUCCUUCCACGCCAUGAAACGCUGCUUGCAAUCUUCUCGCGACUAUCGCUGGACAGUAUAAACACUACUCCAAUACCUAGCAAUCUGUCGUCCUCGCCGCCAAUGUCAAGCAACCGUGGGAGAGGCUUUUCCAACCCGGCGGCAGGAGGAGCCGAAAGACCAUCCACAGGUGGCUCGUUGUCUCCACGACUUGGAAGCAGCUAUAACAGCAAUGCAAAUUACCUCGACAGCGGCAACACAACCAUAGUCUCCAGCCCACCUGUCCAACACAGUCGUAGCCGCGCGACUUCAAAUACUUCAGCCGGCAGCUUCGGCACCUCCCUUCCUCACAGCACGUCACACUAUCCGACCACAUCCAUCGAUAGCAAACUACCCACCUUUGCAGAUCCGGCACAAGUCACUCAAACCGUAGCUCGGAUGUUGCAAUGUGUCAGUGUUGUCGCGGGAGCACAGACAGGCGAUCAAAGUCAAGCUGUGGUGGAGAGGCUGACGCGAGAAUUGAAGUACAAUUGGCUGGGAAGAGGCAGGACAGGCAGACAGAGAAGGGGAUGGGUUGGUGUCAAGGGCAAAAACACUGGGAGCAUGGGACAAGGACAAGGACAGGUCAACGGGUUGGGGGUUGUGGGUGCGUGA